UGGUUUACGGAGCAAAUCUGCGCUAGAGAGUUCAGUCCCACACUAUUCAGAUCGGCGAAAUCGGUGCCAGCACACCACGAGCAGAGAGAACACGCAAGGUCCUGCCUGAGCCUGGCCACGGGUGUGCGCUUUUACAACACCAGCAUACGGUCGCAAGUCCAGCGUCCCGCAUCUGAAUAGUCUAAACCCGAAAGAGAGGAAGAGAAAGGGAGAGAGAGAGAGAGACUGCCAGCGUCUUCACAAUCAGCGCAGCCAAGGAAACCCGUUGAAAAACGUCCCCCCCAAAUCCCCCUCUGCUCAAGAGAAAGAAGGGGGUGAGAAGAGUAGACACGCAAACAAAAGCAUUCCUUCCCGGCUUUCAGCCCCAAAAGAGUCGCCUGAGUUGGGCAAAAUUAUUUAGGCGCUCUUCAAACACAAAAUUCAAGAGGAUAGGCGUAACAGGACAGCGUCUAGGGCUGCAUCAGCACCAGCAGCAACAGGAGUAGCGGUUGCAUUCUCAUCACUACUUACACGAAUUUUGGAGCCACGGACUCAAAAAGCCCCCCCUCUAACCUCCAAAUAACCUGCGCUAGUCAGCGGAGACACCAAGAUGCGCGUCACCUGGGUAAUUCUAACAUUAGGCUUGCUGUGGACUGGCCAUGUCCAGAGUGAAGUUGCAUCAGGGGCCUCUACUGCUGCAACCAUGACCACUGAUAAGGUCACGACCGCGAUCACAUCAGCACCUGCUGCUGCAAGCACCACCAAUAAUGUUAAAGUCACGACUCCAACCACAUCAACACCUGCUACUCUAAGUACCACCAAUGAUGUUAGAGUCAUGACCACAGCCGCAUCAGCACCUACUACUGCAAGCACCAUCACCACAACUGGGACAGUCACGACCCCAGCCACAUCGGCACCUGCACCGGCUACUGCAGGUACCACCACAGUUGGGAAAGACAAUACCACGGACACUGGGACCACCAUUACUCCGACCAACAUCUCCACACUUCCCACAGAGGAGGCCCUCAAUACAUCACCAAACUCUGGACCUACACCUUCAGCGAGUGGGAGUCCUACAACCACAGGGGACGGCGUGGCCUCUACUGCUCCGCACAUCACUAGCAGCACCAGCUCCAGCUCCAGCUCCAGCGCCAGCUCCAGCUCCAGCGCCAGCUCCAGCUCCAGCGCCCGCCCCUCCGGGCCUGGGGGGGAUACGUCAGGCUCAGUGCCAACCAGUGUGCAGCCCCCAACUACUGCAACAGCCACCCUGAAGACCACCACUGUGCUGUCAACUACUACCACAACUUUGCCUACGACUACUCUACCCACUCCAUUCACUUUUUUCUUCAGUAAGAUGGACAAAGAGGGUGAUCCCAUUCUGAUUGAAAUUUGCUCAAGGCUCCUGGAAAUGAUAACCGGCGGCAACUGCUCCAUAUCAGGCAGAAAGACAAAAGGCCACCACCAGUUUGACAAAAUCUACAUCAGCGGAGAUGUUAACAUCAGUGUUGUGGAGAGGCACUAUAAGGAAUUGAAUGGAAAGAUGAAGGAGAGUUUGGAGGAGAGCGACUACACCACUCUGAUCGCCAUCUUGGCCUCCUGUGGGGCAGUAGCCCUCAUCAUCGUGGGCCUCGCCAUAUACACCUAUCGCCACGGCAACAACUACCGCAAGAAUCAGCAACACCUGACGGAGGAGCUGCAGACGGUGGAGAACGGUUACCAUGACAAUCCCACGCUGGAGGUGAUGGAGGUGCAGCCGGAGACGGUGCUGGAGAAGAGGCCCAACGGCGAGUUGAACGACAGCUGGAUCGUCCCCAUCGACAACCUGCUGAAGGAGGAGCUGCCCGAUGAAGAGGACACACACCUGUAGACACACACACACACACACACAGCCACACACACACACACACACACACCCACAGCCACACACACACACACACACACACACACACAGAGGCACACACACACACACACACACACACACAGCCACACACACACACACACACACACACACACACAGCCACACACACACACACACACACACACACACACAGAGGCACGCAUACACACUAGUUGACAAGUGUAGAGCUUACACACACCAGAACAGUUGUUAUACACAUAAAUACACAUGGUCACCUGUACUAAGUCAAUUAGACAAACUCACACACACUUAGCUCUCCACUGGACUCACAUACACUUAGCUCUCCACUGGACUUCAUUUGAGAUGAAUGGUGUCCAGAAUCAAAUUGAAUUGACUGGGUCACCUUUACACCUAAGUGCUCAUCAACACUCAUAAGGAUUUUGAACAUCCCAAUAUGUUGCUUGAUCAGAGGACAGAAAUGUGCCUGAGAAGGUUUCCAGACUACUUUCCAGACUACUCCAGAAGGUCCCCCUGCAAACACUGUGCUUGGAAACAGUCCCUCAUGCCACACACACACACACACACACAGACACAUGUCCCUCAUGCCACCACAGUGUCUACUGUUACCACUGAACUUUCUUUAGAAUAUAAAACAGAAGCCUCUCAAUUCUGCUCAAGAACACCCCACACACACACACCACACACACAAACACAUAUCUUACAGCUCGCCAUAUAUCAGAUUAAAUUCAGUGUGAUUGCAAUACUCUCCACUGAAAAACGUUUAGACUAGGCCUAUGCUUGCUACAUGUGUGGGAGACUGGCCCUCGGUGACCUAAACCAGUUGCGUUAAGCUUCUGAAGAGCGCCAAUGUUGGGGUCAGUAAGGCUGCAGCAGGGAAAGAUGACAAACAAAGCUCAGGGGGGCAGGAGCAAGUUUGAGGCCUCCUGGUGUAAAGGGGUUGAUCUGCUGUAAUCCAGUUAAAGAGUGUCCACUCCUGCACCUGUGCAUGGGGUUAAAGAGUGUCCACUCCUGCAACUGUGUGUGGGGUUAAAGUGUGUCCACUCCUGCACCUGUGUGUGGGGUUAAAGAGUGUCCACUCCUGCACCUGUGUGUGGGGUUAAAGAGUGUCCACUCCUGCACCUGUGCCUGGAGGCUCUGUGAUCUACAAUGUUGCUGUAGUUUCUAAGACUGUGACUGUUGAAGACAUCGUGUUGCAUAGAGUAGACGAAUAAAAUGACCUCAGGACUGUGUCGUCCUGGAAAAAAAAAACAUGGACGCUUGAGCUUCAAGGUGAGGCUAGGGUGACAAGCACACACACGCACACACACACACACACACACGCUUCUGCUGGGGUAGCAGUAAUAAUUGGCGGAGGGAACACACUCACCUGUGUAAAUAAUGGCUUGCACGUUCUUGUCAAAUGUUUGUGGUAUCACCAGUGGCCUUGCUUUAAUAUAUGUUGUGUGGGGGGAAACAUUAAGGGAAAAAAAACUACAUGAAACUAAAGUGAAUUUAUUCAAGCCUUCUUUUGAUUCAAGCCUUCUUUUGAGCGAUUGGCUGUUAGAAUCAAGGAGUGGGACAGAUCUUCUGUCCCAGUGAGAAUGUAAUUUAAAACACACACACUUAGGGUCCCCAUCUCACACCAGAGGCCCGUUAGCUUUGUGUGUACGUGGUGUGGACCAGGCACUCUCUGUCUCCCCCAUGUGGCCUAAUUUUGAAUAGCUGCUUUUAAAUAGGCCAAAAAUGAUCAGGAAUGAACCUUAUGAGUAAGACCUUUGUGGCUCUACUUAGAACGAGCAAAAACAUUUUUAUUUUUCUUAUUUUGUAUGAAUAUGUACUGCAACACUGCACAAUCACUGUCAAAGAACUAGUCUUGUAGAUGUGUGUCAAAGAAUUUGUGUAGCUUUUUUAUAUAUUGUACAUUUAUUCAAUUAUGCUGACCUGUAGAUAGAAAAUCACAUAAACAACUGCUCAUUUCAAUCAGUAACCACAGGUUAUCAAGAUGUUAUUCAACAACAGAAGGAAAGCAAGCUGAUCUCAAUUUAAAAAAACAGCUCUUUCCUUUUUUUCCAACACAAACCUCUUUGUACUGUUAGUCAUUUUUAUGUCACCAAAGUAUGUAGCUACCGUCUGUUUAUUUGUUUGUUUGCGCUGUAUUUAUGUUUAUUUGUUUGUUUGUUUGUUAGCCAGCCAUGGUUACCAAACGGCAGGGGUCUGACACACUGGAAGCUAUUGUGUUCAAACACAGACAACGCAGCCCUCUCCUUUAUGCUUGUGUUCUAUACCAAUAAAAUGAUUUUCAAAAGGG